GGCCGGCCUGAACACCGAGCAGCCUGAACACAAAGAGCGGCCUUGUCUGGAGCAAGAGAGCAUUUGCAGAGUACAUAGCACUGUCCACCCUGGCCUCUGCUAGCUUGUACCGCAAGCUCGUUCCGUCAGUUGCUCGCAUGCGCACGGCAGCCUUGAGCACAAUGAGCACCAUCCUGAGUGUCGACCCGCUAUCGUUCCCGUUCGCAACUGACAGUCCGUUCCUGUUUGGUGUCCACCACGACGACCGCUACCCGAAGGGUAAUGCUAAAAUGGGUCCGGACGCCAGCCUGCGCGGCCAUAGCAUCGGAGCCGACUUUGGCAAUCCCGCGGGCUGGAGCAUGUACCACGGCGAGGGAGGCGUCCCCGGCUUCCCGCAGCACCCGCACCGCGGCUUCGAGACGAUCACUGUGACCGUCAGAGGCUUCAUCGACCACGCGGACAGUCUGGGGGCUGCGGGAAGAUUUGGAGACGGCGACGUGCAGUGGAUGACCGCCGGCGCUGGCAUCAGCCAUGCCGAGAUGUUUCCUUGCUUGGCCCAAACGGAGGAAAAUCGGCUCGAGCUCUUCCAGAUCUGGCUGAAUCUACCACGGGCCAAGAAGAUGUCGCCGCCGCACUUCAAGAUGUUCUGGGGCGAAGAUAUCCCUAGCAUCGAGGCCGACGGCGUGACGGCGAAGCUCAUCGCGGGCUCCGCUCCCGGGUUCGAGAAGCAAGCGCUCGCGCCGCCGCCGGACUCCUAUGCGUCCGACCCGAAUUCCUCGCUGCUCGUCAUGACGAUCAAGCUCGAGCCGCGGAAGUGUUAUACCAUUGCCGGCGCCUCGGGCUCUGGGAAGAUCCACCGGAACUUGUACUUCUACGCGGAUGGCAGCGCGACCGUCGACGGCACAAAGGUCGUCGGGCGGAAGCGGGUCAAAGUCGACGCGAGCGCGGAUUUGAGACUAGAGGCCGGGGACGCGCCGGUCGGCGUCUUGGUUUUGCAGGGCCGCGACCUCGAGGAGCCCGUCAUGCAGCACGGUCCCUUCGUCGGAUGCACUUCGGCCGACAUUCGCAAGGCGUUCACGGACUAUCAACAAACUGGAUUUGGUGGGUGGCCCUGGCCCGACGUGGGAGUCGUCCACGCGCGGGAAGAACAGCGCUUCGCCCUCUUUCCCGACGGCACGAAGGAGACGCGGCCGCGGCGCGAGACGAAAUGACGACGGGGUUUUGUAAGAUUGUAACACAGCACAAA